GUCGAAGCCGAGAACAAAACCCCAAGCUCGGAAUGCGGCGGCACGCGCACAAUAGAUCAAUAGCAACUUGGGCGCUGGCGCAGAGCAAAGCACCGCUGGCCAAAAAAGCAAAGAUAAUGUGUGGAGUGGAAACAAUAGCGACGAAGGGAAAAGGGAAGGCAGGGCGUGGUAAUGGAAAGAAAUAGGUUGUUAUAUUGUUCAUUGACUCGUACAAUAUCUCAUAUUAGUCUAUUAACAAUUCAACAUUCCUCUGAGGCCACCCGACGGCGACGACGAAGGUUGAUUAGCGUGGGAAGCCUUACAUCACCACCAGUGCCGAUCUGGACUUGACCGAUCGCAGAACGACCAACACGGCAACAGCGCGAUGUCCGCAGCGUCCGUCCGACACCAAACCAUGUCCUAAGAUUAAAAAAGUUGGGCACAAGCCAUGCCCAUGCCCAUGCCCGCCAUCAAAUGCCCGCCAAGCCAAAUUCAAACUCCGCUUGGC